AUGGGUCCGGUGGCGGCACUGCCGUGCAAGCGGAGGGGUCAGCGGAGAAAACUCCGGCCCGUGCGGAUCUUCGGUUUGGUGGUUAGCCUGCUGGCCGUAAGUGCCGUCUCCGUCGGUGCCUUGACGUGGAACUCGGCGGACCCUCCGGAGAGCGAGUUGGCGCCCCGCAGGACUUUACUCUUCAGCCGGCAGCGCGACGAGACCAACGGCUCGGCCGACGGGCCCAUCGCCAUGAAAUCCACUGGCAACGCGAGCCAAGGGGAGUACCCGACGGAUCUUUUCGACCUCCAGCAGAGACGCAAAGGCGCGGUGGUCCUCCACAUGUUCGGCAUGAUCUACAUGUUCAUCGCCUUGGCCAUCGUUUGCGACGAGUUCUUCGUGCCGGCGCUGACGGUCAUCACCGAGAAGCUGGGCAUCUCGGACGACGUGGCCGGCGCCACCUUCAUGGCGGCGGGCGGCUCGGCCCCCGAGCUCUUCACCUCUAUCAUCGGCGUCUUCAUCUCGCACAGCAACGUGGGCAUCGGCACCAUCGUGGGUUCGGCCGUCUUCAACAUCCUCUUCGUCAUCGGCAUGUGCGCCAUCUUCUCCAAGGAGAUCCUCAACCUGACGUGGUGGCCGCUCUUCCGCGACGUCUCCUUCUACAUCCUGGACCUCAUCCUGCUCAUCGUUUUCUUCCUGGACAACUUCAUCUCGGUGGGGGAGAGCAUCACGCUGCUCUCGGGCUACGCCGCCUACGUCAUCUUCAUGAAGUUUAACAGCACAGUGGAGGGCUUCGUCAAAGGCUGCAUGAACAAGAACCAAGUGGUGGAGGUGGAGGUGCAACCCAAGAAGGCCAGUCCCGUUGCGCCCGAAGAUGACGGCAAGUUGUCGGCCAGACCUCGACUUCAGAGGGGAGGUAGCUCCGCCUCCCUGCACAACAGCUUGAUGAGGAACAGCAUUUUCCAGCUCAUGAUUCACACCUUGGACCCUUUGAGUGAAGAAUUUGCAGAUUCCGAGCUUGGGACUUAUGGGAAACUAAAAUAUUAUCACUCAAUGACUGAGGAAGGGAAAUUCCGAGAGAAAGCGUCUAUUCUUCACAAGAUCGCCAAAAAGAAAUGCCAGGUAGAAGACAGUGAGAAAGCCAAUGGCGUUGCCAGCCGCUCAGAUAAGAACCUGCCAAACAGCUCCAGCGUGCAAGUGGAGGUGACCCCGCCCAUGAACGGCACGGCGGGCCAAGAGGGCGAAGCGCAAGGAAGCAUAGGGGCCGAAGACGAGGAAGAAGACGACCAGCCUCUCAGCCUCUCCUGGCCCGAGUCUGGCCGCAAGCGCUUCACCUACCUCUUCAUCAUGCCCAUCGUCCUGCCCCUGUGGUUGACAUUGCCCGACGUCAGGAAACCGUCAUCCAAGAAGUUCUUCCCCAUCACCUUCCUGGGCGCCAUCUGCUGGAUCGCGGCGUUCUCCUAUCUGAUGGUUUGGUGGGCUCACCAGGUUGGAGAGACCAUCGGGAUUACAGAGGAGAUUAUGGGCCUGACUAUAUUAGCGGCCGGAACCUCCAUCCCUGACCUCAUCACCAGUGUCAUCGUGGCACGCAAGGGCCUCGGUGACAUGGCCGUAUCCAGCUCUGUCGGGUCCAACAUUUUUGACAUCACCGUCGGACUUCCCUUCCCGUGGCUGAUGUGGUCCAUGUUUAGCGGCUUGCAGCCGGUGGUGGUGAGCUCCAACGGCCUCUUCUGUGCCAUCGUGCUGCUCUUCCUCAUGCUCCUCUUCGUCAUCAUCUCCAUCGCCGCCUGCAAAUGGCGUAUGAGCAAGCUGCUGGGUUUCAUCAUGUUCAUGCUCUACUUCGUCUUCCUGGUGGUCAGCGUCAUGCUGGAGGACCGGGUGCUCAUCUGUCCAGUGUCGGUGUGA